AUGGAGUUCGACCUGGCAGCAGCCCUGGAGUCCAAUUCCAAGAAACCCGAGGGGGCAGGCCAGCGGGGGGAACCAAAACACAGCCCCCCCAAAGUUCAGGGCCCAGCGCAGGCAGGAGUAGCUGCUAAUCCCGGGCAUGGUGGCAGCAGCUCCUCGGAUUCCAGCAGCAGCAGCUCCAGCGCCUCAGACAUCGAAGCAAAGGAAAACGCCAGUGGCAAGAUCAAGAAGCCCAAGGUGAAGAAGAAGCAGAAGGCUGAGGGAGCGGAGAAGGCGAAGCGGGGGAAGAAGGGGAAGAAGGGGAAGAGGGAAGCUCAUUAA